AUGGCGGACGCGGCGGCGGCGGCGGCGGCGGAGAAGAAGAUGCUGACGCUGCAGAGCUCCGACAAGCAGCUGUUCCAGGUGGAGGAGGCGGUGGGCAUGAGGUCGCAGACCAUCAAGCACAUGAUCGAGGACGACUGCGCCAGCAACGUCAUCCCGCUCCUCAACGUCACCGGCAGCACCCUCGCCAAGGUCAUCGAGUACUGCACGAAGCACGUCGCGGCGGAGGGCCCCGCCGGCCCCGACGGCGACCUCGACCCGGCCUCAAAGGACGCCGUCGACGGGCUCAAGAAGUUCGACGCGGACUUCGUCAACGUCGACCAGCCCGUCCUCUUCGACCUCAUCCUGGCUGCGAACUACCUCGACAUCAAGGAGCUGCUGGACCUGACCUGCCAGACUGUCGCGGACAUGAUCAAGGGCAAGUCUCCAGAAGAGAUCCGCAAGACCUUCAACAUCAAGAACGACUUCACCAAGGAGGAGGAGGAGGAGAUCCGGAAGGAGAACCAGUGGGCCUUCGAGUGAAGGUCGUCGCUGUGACAACUGAUGCGAGUAACCAGCAAGGAGAGGAAACAUGGCGUCGUUAGUGCCUGGGAGCAGAUGUUAAACGUCUGGUUUGAAAAACUAUGCUAUGAUAUGGUGAAGUUGUAAGUAGGUUCUGGUUCCGGUUGAUGGGUAGGUCAUACCAUUCGCUUAGCUGACUCUGUUCCGUUUUGGUGGUGAUAUUUUGGUGCACUCUUGAACCUGAUGAUGAGGAAAAUGAUGGU